AGUGUCGACCUGCUGCCUGCCUCCCCUCGCAGACCAGCAGACUAUCACCCUCUCUCCCUUCCGUCACCGCCGCCAUCAUGCUGCGUCCCUUGGCCCUCUGCCUCCUGCUCGUCGCCGUGGCGACCGUUGUCGUGGUGGACUGCGCGGUGCUCACGGAGAACGGCAUGCCCAUCCUGUGGCAGCAGACGGGCGGUCAGCUGACCGACCUGCCCAUCCAGAACGACGUCCUGGUGCCCAACCCCUGGCACUACCUGCACCGCAUGAGCCUGUACCGGCUGAUCAUCGCCGCCACAGACCCCUACAUGACCUCCAUGGGCACCAACGCCACCGACAGCCCCAUCUGGGGGCUCACCCUGCAGCUGGGCUGGGAGCUCACCUCCGGUCGUUUGGCCGACCCCACCGGUGCCACUACCUGUGGCACUGAAACAGGAGACCGCAUGUGCAUCUCUACUGAGAGCUGGUGGGGCUGUGCCAACUACUACUUCUCCGUGAUUCCCUUCCUCUCUGCUGCUCAGCAAGGAUUCUUUGGAGAUAAUGUCCCAGUCCAGAUGCAGGUUCCUGAGGGCGUGACGGAUUACUGCACCACCUAUGCUGACUGUGCCACUCGCUUCCCUGACCUCAUGGCUAAGUGGGACGCCUUCUACCAGGGCCUGAAAGUUGCCGCUGUUUCGGAGGCUUCUGACGUUGAGAAGAAGGACCACAUCCUGAGUCUGUACUGGGAAGCCCACCAGGGGUCCAUGGCCUCCGUCGUCGCCUGCAGCGCCAGGAAGGCCUCCUACUCCGCUCCAGAGGUUUCCUUCGCUGACAGCUGGCAGAGUUCCGCAGACUUCAUCGCCGCCUCCAACUUCCAGUCCAACCUCGAGAAGUCCGUCAUGUUCAUGAGCCCCCUGCCCAGCAGAAUUCUGAAGGAGGGAGACCGGGCCCCCCACAUCGCUGACCUGAGCGCCGACGAGAACCACUCUCUGUACAUCUUCUCCUGGAUGAGGAGCAUGAACACAAUACUGGGAGGGACGAUGACGCGGUUAUGGCGCAGCGCCAUGUGCUCCAUCGCUGCCAGAGAGAAGGGCCGAGCUCUGCUGGAGCAGCUCCUCCUCAACCCCGGCUUCUCCACCGCCACCUUCCUCUCCAUCAUCGCCACCACCGCAUCAAGCUGCUGAGUGCACACCUGCGCGCACACACACACACACACACGCGCACGCAGUGGACUCCAGUGGGGGGAUGUCAUUUGUUUUAGAUACUGUGCACUGAGGUCAGCCUUGUUUGCAUUACUAGUUCUAGUCAGGUCAUUGUGGUGUAACACUUCUCUAAAUAAAGUGUAUUUUGUUACAGUGUCAUGUUUGUCACAGGACAAUGAUACAGAUUAUCAUUCACACAGAAAGUAAAUAAUACAGUUUUUCAAGAUUCUGUUCAACUUUUCUUUUAUCUUGAUUUGUAAUUGCAGUUUUCUUUCUAUCCGUUUUAUAUUCUCAAUAAAUCCCAACACACCAUAA